GCUGGGACUGACACACACGGAGAGAGAGAGAGAGAGAGGAGCAGGCUUUACUGGGUCUGGGGUUAGUUAGACAGGGAGAGGGCUGAGCAGCGGGAGCAACGCUAGCCUUUGUCCUCUUACAGCGUGUCCACAAAAGAUAGAGAAGUGUUCGGGGUUACACACGGCUUCACAACACAAGAGAAAAAUGCCGAAAUCGGAGGUGAAAACGUCUCUCCUAGACAACAUGAUAGGGGUGGGAGACAGUGUGCUUUUAGAACCCCUCACUGAAGACACAUUCUUAGAAAAUCUCAAAAAUCGCUUUGACCACAGCGAAAUAUAUACUUAUAUCGGAAGUGUCGUGAUAUCUGUAAACCCCUACAGGCAUUUGCCUGUCUAUACACCAGAGAAAGUAGAAGAAUAUCGCAACCGAAAUUUCUAUGAGCUCAGUCCUCACAUCUAUGCUUUAGCAGAUGAAGCCUACAGAUCUCUAAGAGACCAGGACAAAGACCAAUGCAUACUUAUCACUGGAGAAAGUGGAGCUGGCAAAACAGAGGCCAGUAAAUUGGUUAUGUCCUAUGUUGCUGCUGUUUGUGGCAAGGGAGCGGAGGUCAAUCAAGUGAAGGAGCAGCUGCUGCAGUCAAAUCCUGUGCUGGAGGCCUUUGGAAACGCCAAAACUAUGAGGAAUGACAAUUCUUCAAGAUUUGGAAAGUAUAUGGACAUUGAGUUUGACUUCAAAGGUGACCCCCUUGGUGGUGUUAUCAGCAACUAUCUCCUGGAGAAGUCACGUGUUGUCAAGCAGCCAAGAGGUGAACGGAAUUUCCACAUCUUUUAUCAGCUGUUAUCAGGAGGCUCUGAGGAUUUACUGAAACAAUUGAAGCUUGAACGGGAAUUCAAUCAAUACAACUAUUUGGGCCUGGAUUCAGCAAAAGUGAAUGGUGUUGAUGAUGCUGCCAAUUUCAGAACAGUCAAAAAUGCCAUGCAGAUUGUUGGUUUCAUGGACGAUGAAGUUGAGUUGGUGCUGGAAGUGGUGGCUGCAGUGUUAAAGCUGGGAAACAUUGAAUUCAAGCCAGAGUCUCGAGUAAACGGUUUAGAUGAGAGCCGAAUCCAAGACAAAAAUGAACUGAAAGAGAUCUGUGAGCUACUGGGCCAAGAUCAAGCUGUCCUGGAAAGAGCCUUUAGUUUCCGAACUGUGGAGGCAAAACAAGAGAAAGUUUCAACAACCUUAAACGUGGCCCAGGCUUAUUAUGCACGUGAUGCCUUGGCUAAAAACCUUUAUAAUCGUUUGUUCACUUGGCUUGUGAACAGAAUCAAUGAGAGCAUUAAGGCGCAAAGCAAAGUGAGGAAGAAGGUGAUGGGAGUGUUAGAUAUUUAUGGUUUUGAAAUUUUUGAAAACAACAGUUUUGAACAAUUCAUCAUUAAUUAUUGCAACGAGAAAUUGCAGCAAAUCUUCAUCGAAUUAACUUUGAAGGAAGAACAGGAGGAAUAUAUCAAAGAGGGAAUUGAAUGGACUCAUAUUGAGUACUUCAACAAUGCUAUCAUCUGUGAGCUGAUUGAAAACAAUACAAAUGGAAUCCUGGCAAUGUUGGAUGAAGAAUGCUUGCGGCCUGGGACAGUGACAGAUGAGACCUUCCUAGAGAAGCUUAAUCAAGUGUGUGCUGUACAUGAGCGCUUUGAAAGCAGAAUGAGCAAAAGUUCUCGUUUCCUUAAUGAUACUACUUUGCCUCACAACUGCUUCAGGAUCCAGCACUAUGCUGGCAAGGUUAUGUACCACGUUGAAGGGUUUGUGGAUAAAAACAAUGAUCUGCUGUAUCGCGACCUGUCACAGGCCAUGUGGAAGACCAAUCAUGUGUUAGUCAAAUCCCUCUUCCCAGAAGGAAAUCCGGCGAAGAUGUCCUUGAAGAGGCCACCUACAGCAGGGUCACAGUUCAAAGCUUCUGUUGCAACUUUGAUGAAAAAUCUACAGACCAAAAAUCCCAACUAUAUCAGAUGCAUCAAGCCAAAUGACCAGAAAGCUCCACACAUCUUUGCUGAGGCUUUAGUCCGUCACCAAGUCAGGUACCUGGGGCUGAUGGAAAAUGUGCGUGUGCGACGAGCAGGAUAUGCUUUCAAGCAGCCUUACGAGUCCUGCCUGGAGAGAUACAAGAUGCUCUGUUCACAGACGUGGCCCCACUGGCGGCAAGGUUCAAGGGAUGGUGUUAAAGUGCUGCUGACAGAACUUCAGAUCCCUCCUGAAGAGUUUUCAUAUGGUAGAUCAAAGAUAUUCAUUCGAAAUCCCAGAACGCUGUUUGAGCUGGAAGAUCUGAGAAAGCGCCGUCUGGAAGAUCUGGCCACGCUUAUUCAGAAGAUCUAUCGUGGCUGGAAAUGCCGCACAAACUUCCUGUUGAUGAAGAAGAGCCAGAUCAUUAUUUCAGCUUGGACUAAGAGGCAUUUUCAACGGAAGAAAUAUCUACAACUCAAGAGUGUGACAUUAAUUAUCCAGUCGUAUAUCAGAGGCUGGAAGGCCAGGAAGCUUUUGCGAGAACUGAAACAUCAGAAACGUUGCGAGGAGUCAGCUACAACAAUUGCUGCUUAUUGGCGUGGUUUUCAGGCCAGAAUGGAAGUGAGGCGACUGAAGGAGGCGGCUAUGCAUAAACAUGCUAUUGCUGUUAUUUGGGCUUACUGGCUUGGAUACGAGGCGCGGAGAGAAUUGAAACGCCUGAAGGAAGAAGCCAGGCGUAAACAUGCGGUUGCUGUCAUUUGGGCUUACUGGCUUGGACUAAAGGUUCGCAGGGAAUAUAGAAAAUUCUUCCGUGCAAAUGCAGGCAAGAAGAUCUAUGAAUUUACCAUUCAAAGAAUUAUGCAAAAGUAUUUCUUAGAAAUGAAGAAGAAGCUGCCAUCAAUGUCCCCAACAGAGAAGACCUGGCCUCCACGACCAUAUUUCUUCUUGGAUGAUACUCACACCGAGCUGAAGAGGAUCUUCCACCUGUGGAGGUGCAAGAAGUACAGGGAUCAGUUCACAGAACAGAAGAAAGCUAUUUUUGAAGAGAAACUCGAGGCAAGUGAACUGUUCAAGGAUAAAAAGGCAUUGUAUACUAACAGUGUUCAGCAGCCUUUCCAAGGUGAUUAUCUGGAAAUCAGUAAGAAUCCUAAAUACCAGAAGCUGAAUGGUGCUGUGGAAGAGAAGAUUGUGCUGGCGGAUGUUGUAAACAAAAUUAACCGAGCUAACGGCAAGGUAGCUCCAAGAAUCUUCCUAUUAACCCAAAGCAACUUCAUCUUAGCUGAUCAAAAAUCAGGCCAGAUCAAAUCCACUAUUCCGGUGAUGGACAUCACCAGCGUGUCUGUUAGCAAACAGACAGAUGGGCUCUUUGCUGUACACCUCAAAGAGGGGUCCACCGCUGCUGCUAAGGGUGAUUUUCUGUUCACAAGUGAUCGAUUGAUUGAGAUCAUCACAAAGCUUUAUCGCACAAUAUUCUUCAAAACCAACCAGAAGAUAAAUGUUGAGAUAAAUAAUGAAUUUCUGGUUCAAUUCAAUCAAGAUAAAGUCUGUGUGAAGUUCAUUCAGGGAGCACAGAAAAAUGGCAACCUCCCUACAUGCAAGAGGAAAAAUAAUCGUCUCCUGGAAGUCACAGUUCCUUAAUUGCUGCAAUUCUGCGACAAUUACUAACUGCACAUAUGGUUAUAUAUUCUCUGUUAAGUUUUCCUUUUCUCCUGAAGCUGUGACUGGUCAAUAGCAGUUGUAAAUUAAUAGUGUUUUCAAAUUAUUUUCUAAUACGAAAAUUGGUUCUUAAAAUGAUCAAGGGAAAAAGAAACGCCAAUGAUUUCCUUUCGCAAAUAUCAGGGUGGUAGUUCCCUGUCAUUGAGUGUUCAAGAUAUUCGAUUAUGGCAUUGAUUCAAUCAUUUGAGUUAGUGGUUUAGCCCUGGGCCAGAUGUACACCACUGCUGGUCGAACUCUCUCUGCCAAUAAUCAUUAACCAAAUAGCCACUUGCACAAUGCAUCACAAACUUGAGUUUCUAAACCUGUGAAAUUCCCCAUGCAUGAGUCAGCACCUUCAGGAGAAAUUGGGGGCAGGAUGAUUAUCUGAGAAAUCUGAGAGUGGGAAAGAAUUACGGGAUUUUAUUAAGUGUGAAAUCGGACCUGAGCUGGAUGUCUCAGUGUGUGAAACAUUGUGGUCUCGGCUUUCUGCAAGGCAGAAGCUAACACUAGAUGGAGGAGCAAACAGAUUUUAAAAAAACAAAUUGAGCAAAGUGUGAUGCUGUGGGUGAUGUAUUAAUAUGUUGUACCUUUGCAUUUUAGAAUCUAUCACUUGGUUACGGGGAUCAACUUUUGAGGUUAAACUUUUGCUGAACUGUGUACAGGAAUACGGCUAAUUUAGAAAAGAACUUAUGUAUUGUACAACCAAAACAAAAAAAAACAAUUCUAAAGCAUUUUGUAAAGGCUAUUUAUGUUGAAUUUCUGGGAGAGGUCCUUGGUACAGAUAGCCUGUGUUGAAAGCUGUAAUGCAGCUGCCAGGCCAAUAUAACUCUUGCUAAGUCACUUGCAGUUUAUAGAAUCUACACUACUCAUUUCUAAAAAUAGUAACACAAUGAAUUGCAGUUCAAUGGUUUUUCACUAAGAAAUGUUUGCGAAAAUGAGAUGUAAAUAGAUUGAAGUUGGUAUUGUGAUCAUAGGCUGAUGUUUCAUAGUGAUGUAAUGUUGUAAUCGUGUUUUUAUAUUUAAUAUCUCUUUCAAGCUCCUGCCUGGAGAAUUUGCGUAUUAGACAGCAGUCAAAAUCAGAGUUAACAUAACUGAUUUUCUUAAUCUUUUAUAAAUCUGUUGAAUUUA